AGAAAUCAGGAAGUAGUGUAUACAGUGAUACUCUUACUGUUUCUCAGGCUGAGUGUCUUACUGCUACAGGUGUCUUGCCUUCACCGGUCCUUGACAUACUCACUCCCAGCCUUAAGGCGCCUAAACCUUUAAAUAUUCUUGCAGUUGGUGGAAAGAACUUGGAUAUAAAACUCUCGACAGGAGCGUAAAAGAAAAAAGAAAUCAUAAAACAACAACCAAAACAGAAAAAAAAAAUUAAGAAGGAAAGGUGACAAUAGCCCUGAAGACAUGGUGAAAAAAAAAUGAAAAAACUAUUUUAAAGAAGAGUCGACUGGAAAAUAAAAAACCUUAAAAAUUGCAAAUAAUGGCAUCAAGAGGUGAUUGUGAUUUACUAAUACUUCAUGGAUCUGAAGCACAUGAAUGGAGGGAUUAUCUUUUGUCCCUCUUUAAAGAAACUAAGCAACUUGAAGGUCUUGUAAUCGAGAACGUUGAAAUAAUCAGCAGUGAUUCAAUACCUAUGGAAUAUGUUAACGCUUUAGAGAAUUCAAGAUGCAUUUUUGUACUGUUGUCUGGUGAACUACUAGAUGCAUUUUGCAACCCCGAAAUACUGGAUGUCUUACAGACAGCACUAAGACCACCAAACAAAGUAGUUGUCUUAUUUUGUGGAGUAACAGACCAUGAGGAUUUUCUAGAAUUCUUUGAGGACUGGUCGAAGUGGAAACAGCUUUCCUCUGAAGAUGACUCUCAACUUUAUGUGAAUGCUGUUAUAGAUGCCAUCGCUGAAGAUUCUGGAUGUGAUUCUGUCACUGAUACAGACGCUGAAAACGAAGUGGAUUCUUCAAUCUAUGAUAUUCAUAUAGAAUCUUCACAUCAACCAUCAUCUGAAGAAAUCCAGAGGAAUUUAAUAGCCAUUCAGCCAGAGAGGAUACGUUGCGGGGAGAAAACACAAAUGUAUUUAAUAUUUAAAUGCAAACUUGACACUCAGAUUAAAAACGAGGUGUAUUUUAACCCAAUAAAUGGACCUUCAGCAAGACUUCCAGCAACUUUGGAAAAUGAAUAUAUAUUAUCUGUGGAUGCUCCUGAUUUACCAUCUGGACAGGUAUAUUUAAAGGUUUUAUCUGGUGACCUAUUAGUAUGUGAAUCCAAAAUCACUUAUUUCACCGACAUGGAAGAAAUUAGCAACCUUCUACUCAGUGCAACAAACCCUGUUGAAUUCAUGUGUCAGGCUUUCAAAAUUGUACCUUAUAACACAGAAACACUUGACAAGCUACUGACUGAAUCUUUAAAAAACAAUAUUCCAGCCAGUGGACUACACCUCUUUGGAAUAAACCAAAUAGAAGAAGAUAAUCUAAGUGCAAACCAAAGAGAUGAAGAAUUACCAACGCUUCUACAUUUCUCUGCAAAAUAUGGAUUGAAAAACUUAACGGCACUUCUGCUUACAUGUCCUGGAGCCCUGCAGGCCUAUAGUGUGGCAAAUAAGAAUGGUGACUACCCAAACAAGAUUGCAGAAAAUUAUGGCUACAAAGACCUCCGACAAUUUAUUGAUGAAUAUGUGGAAACAGCUGACAUGUUAAGAACUCACAUUAAAGAACAGCUGAUGCCUAGCGGCGACGAGGAUGAAAACAAUACUACAUAUGAGUGCAUGGCCAAUUCCUCAACUGAUCUGUUGAUGAAAUGUUCCCUUAAUCCUGGUGAACUGUAUGAAUCUAUGGCCACCUUGUUACCUCAGCUUGAAAUGGAUGAUAUAUAUGUUGAUAUGCUGCAGGCAAGAAAAAAUGCUAGCGCCUCUUCAGACACACAAGGGAUAGUUGGAGAUGAUUCUGUAAUACGGAAAAUAUUGGAAGGGGACAUCUUCACUUGGGGCCACACCAUAACUGCCGGUGGUACCAGUUACUUGAAAACGGGAGAAAAUAUAGACUAUACCUCUGAUGAAGAAGAUCCUUACUAUCGAUGUCAGGAAGAAGAUGUCUAUCACAUUGUAGAGGAAGGUACUCCAAACAUUGAACCAGUAUGUCGCCCUCCAGUCCCCGUUCCUCGACCAACAGAACCUCUGGAUACAGAACCUUUUAUUGCAAAGGUUUUCCCAGACAAGGCACAGGCUAGAAGAGAAAACUUGUAUGUGGAAUCUAAAUGCUUAAAGCAAUUACAGAAAGAUCCCACUGUCCGAUUGAAGAGAGACAGAGCUCAGUCAAGUGUGUAUGAUCCAUUUGUUGGCAUGAAGACCCCAGGUCAGCGGGAGCUAAUUACGUUACAAGAGCAAGUAAAACUUCAAAUGAUCAGUGUUGAUGAAGCUUUACUUCAGUUUAAAGAAUGGCAAUUAAAUCAGAAGAAGAGAUCUGAUUCAUUUAGAUACCAGCAGGAAAAUUUAAAAAAAUUACGAGACAGCAUAAAUCGAAGACGAAAUGAAAACAAAAAGAAAGGAAGAAAGUCAGAUUUAGAGAUCACACAGCCUAUUCGUCGGAAUCAAAACACGGAGACUAAACCAGACUGCGCUGUUUAUGAUUCAGGUCCUAUCUUUAGUAUUCCACAAAAAAAAGAGAUCAGACGAGGAAAUUGGAAAACCGACAGCACAUCUAGCACUGCAAGCAGUGCCAGUAACAGGUCUAGCACUCGAAGCACAGUGAGCAGUGGAAUGGAAGGAGAUAAUGAGGACAAUGAAGUAUCAGAAGAUAGACCACCGCCCAGACCACCACGAGUACCAAACCGAAGCUCAAGAGGAGCUCCAUCAACAACACAGAACUUUAUUGCACCUCCAGUGCCACCUAGAGGCCGAUGAUACUUACUGCACAUGAGAAAAAAUAGUCGAAGAGCGGAUUCUGUAAUAAUCUAUAAACAUUGUGGAUAACUUAUUUUAUUUCUCACUGUGUUUGUGUUUACAUAUAUUGUACUACACAGUCAGUCCAAGAAAGUGAGUUUAAAGUGGAAAUGGGGAAAUCAACAUGUUUUAAGAAAAGCAAUCGUAAAUGUCAAGUAAUGUUUGCAAGGAUAACAUCCCUAGGCAGACCUGGUGGUGUUGUGAUUUUGAAAGCUGAAGACGAGACCAGGGCUACAAUUUUCUUUGCUGCUUUUACGAUAUGGCAUGCAUGAGAUUAUUUGCCACUAAGAAAAGAACAUAUUUCUAUUUUAAAACCUGAAAAAUAAAACAGAAACACUUUAACCCAAACAGUUAUGUGAAUAAACAUUGGUUCAAUUUUGAAAUUAUUUAACAUUCUCUCACAUCCAAAAAUGACCACAAAAAAAAAUAAAAUAAAAAAUAAGUUUUUAAAAGUUGAGCUAUUGUUUUAUACAAACUUUCGAAAUGAAAAAAUAAAUUCAGUGAA